AUUACAGAUGCAAGAACUUGGAGCAUAUGAUGGACAAGCCAAUGCUGCCCAGAGCACAAAUACUAUGCAAGAACUUACUGUAGAUGAUGGGCAAGGUGAUGCUGCCCAGGGCACAGCGACAUUACAGGUGCUGGCUCAGAAGACAAAGGAGGCAGAGACCACGGAACAGAAUUUGCUGCCUCAAGCCAUCAAAAUCAAUGCAGAGCAUACUGAAUCUGUGCGCAAAGACCUUCUGAGAGUCCAUGAAAUGAGAGAUGGCCUCUUUUCAGUCCAUGAAAUGAGAGAUGGCUCCAUGACAGGUUGCCUCCACUCAGUUGGGUCUGAUCUUACUUGUACCUGGGAGCUUCCAGAGCUGCAGUAGAAUGUGUCCAUGCAGAGCGGCCAAGAAGCUGCGGCAGUGGACAAGGAUCCCAGGACUCCUACAAGUGUGCGUGAGCCGGCUGUGCCUGUUUGUUCCCUGGAGAGUGGAGUGCUUG